GAUGAUUAUGCCGGACAUCCAACACUGGGCCACAACAAGAUUGUUCCACUCACCCAGAGCGCCUCGUCAGGUUUCGAGGGACAACUUGAGCUUCGGUUUAAUCCAUUCCUCUAUGUUUCGGGCGGCUGUGAUCCUUACCCUGCUGUUGAUGCUACCGGUAACCUCGGAGAGGGCUUGAGGCCAACCGGAGGUGGCAGAAGCGGAUGUGAUGAUGGAGGUACCGCCCAGGUCUACGUCAGAGGUGGACAAAGUCAAAACCGCACUGGCAUCAUGUUUUCCUACUACAUGCCCAAGGUCCGUUGGGGCAAAGGCAACAACGAGGGUCACACGCACUACUGGGCCAGUGUUGUAGUCUGGUUGAACCAAUUCGGUUGCGGGGAAGAUGCCUCAUCUGUGUCGCCUGUGGGCGUGUCAUUCACGACCGAUCAUCUUGUCUGGGAUACCGCACCGGCAGGCAAGAUCUCAUAUGCAUCCUCAGGAGUCGGUGUAGACACACCAACGCAUCCAAAAAUGCAAAUUCACGACAAUGCCUUCUCGCCAUUUACGGGUGCUGAUGGGGACAAGGUGUUUGAGCGCACAGUUGUCAGUUGGUUCUCUCUUCCUGAGGCUGCGAAGAAAGCGCUCUCGGAUGUCAAAUAUGAAAAGACUCAAGUUCCGGUCACCGACGCCAACUUUCAGGCUCAGCUGGACGCCGCGUACCGAGAGAGCUUUUACGGUGGCCUCACAGACCAGCAGGGCUGU